GACCACGUCGCACGCGCCGAAACGUCCCGAAACUGGACGCCGAGACCGUUACCGGCCCUCGCUCGCGGUUGCGCCCGUGCGCAGAAACGCGUCUACAACACGUUAUACCGCCCCGCCGCGCCUCAGCUAUGACAUGACGCAUGCCCAGGACCGGCGGAACCAUCCACGACGUCGCCGACACGGUGCGACAAAGUCCUCGUCCCGCACGCCGGGCCGCGCCCGUCGCCGUGUCCCCGACCCCGCGCUCCGACGGCAUGUCUAAACGCUCAGUAGAUAUGUUGUCUGGCCCCCACGAACCACGGCGCAUACGCGCUGCAUGCGUCGGCAUGAACGAUGACGAUGGAGCUCGGCUCUCGUGCGGCCGCUCGCAUUUGCAACACCCGCAUGUCCCGCUCGCCUCCCGCGUCGCUCACGCCCCGCCGCCGCCUGUAUCCGCGUGUCCCGGGACGCCCACGCUCUGUGCAUGCUUUAGGCGGCCCACCGACGAGCCGACGCCCUCGUGGUCGAACAUCGCGCCCUGGGCCUCCCACACUCGGACGGCGGGGCCCAUGCGCCAGGACGCACCCGCCCUGCGAUUGGCGGCGCGGUCCGCGCAGAAAAUAUCUCGGCAGUGUCGACCCAUUUCAUGGGCCGAUCGACCGCGCCGCGACGCGCAUCGCGCGUCGCGCGCCCGUGCCCUGCUCGGCAGCCGCGCACGCAUGCUCAACCGACCGACCCCGCCGUUCUGACUUUCUGAGGAACGUCCGGGGGCGCUGCGCCACGGCGGGACGCAACUGCAACGAC